GAGAAAACACAUUCCUAUCAAAACCCGGCCCUCCGGGCAGCAGAGGAGGGCUGCUCUUGUUGGUGAGGACUAGCAGUGUCCCUCCUCCCAAAAGACACACACACAUUGCUUUGCUGCUGGAAUUUCCAAUCUUCCAUGCAACUUUUUUUCAGUGUUUCCUGUGGGACAGCCUUCGGGGUACAGACGAUAAAAGGAGCUGCUGUGGACAGCAAGUAGACAGGUAAACUAUUCACAGCAACUCACAAAACAGAAACAGCGGUCUGCACUGCUCUCUCUUGUGAAGUGAAGAACCGAAAAGAUGACCCCCAGCUCCAAAGUAGCCCUCUCCGUCCUGCUGCUGGUCACUCACGCUGCAUUUUCCUCAGGUGCAGCUCUUGGCGUGGAUUUGCGAUGCCAGUGUAUAAACACAAUUUCCGACUUCAUCCCUCCCAAAAACAUGGCAAAUAUUGAAAUUAUCCCCAAGGGGCCCCACUGCAGUAUCGUGGAGGUCAUUGCAACUCUGAAAUCUAGCCAUUUAAUCUGUCUUAAUCCUAACGCCAAGUGGGUGAAGACUGUCAUUGAAAAAAUAUUAAACAGUGAUAAACACAAUUUGCAGAGUGUAUGAUAUGUGCAUAUGGUGUCAGAAAAUCCUGUUACUUGUUUCUUACAUGAAGAGGACUAGCUAGCAAGUUGUCGAGAUCUGAGAAGUGCCACACGGAACAAACCAUUUGUGGAGGUACACACAAGAUACUUGUUACGUUUCUCUUGCAGGACUGAAUAUAUUGCACUACGGGUCAUGAAAGCAUCACCCACCGAUAAUGAGACACACUACCCUUUAUGUAUUGAAAGAAGGGAGCAUAUUUAAAUUAUACAAAAUAUGUGUAUUUUACGCAUGGAUGUAUUGUGGGUUGAAUGAAGCUCAAAUGAACAUCGUUUGUUCAGAAGUGUUAGGAAAAUGUUUUGAGCAGUUGUUGCUAUUGCUGUUAUCAUCAAUACCUCCAAAUGAAAUAAUUGUUUACAUUUUGUAAACAGUUCUUUAAGAGUUGUAACUGCAGAAAAAAAGUUAAGCUGUUUGAUUCAAAAUAAUCUUAUAGUAAGUACCACAGCUUCUGGGAUACCUGUAAUAUGUUCCUUUUUUUUGGGGGGGGGGUAUAUCUUGCACUGAACAUUCAUGCGAUUGGGUAUGGUCUCCGUUCAGUCAUGAGGACAUGCUUUUGACACUUUUAGACACUUUGUGUCUUUUCUGUUUGACAUACUGUCAUUUCCUUUUAAAUGUGUAUGUGUAUGUGUGGGUGUAUAUAUAGGUAUAUAUAUAUAUAUAUAUAUAUAUAUAUAUAUAUAUAUAUAUAUAUAUAUGUAUUGUAAAACAUGAUAUUACUUAAUGUGUUAAGCUUCUGUAACUACCCAGGAAAAAGUGAUACAUUUGAAAACCUAGUAAGGCAUAACGUUAUACUCAUUUUAUGUUGUUGACAUGCAAAUUAAACUAAUUUUAAUGUCUGUUUCCUGAUAAUUAAUUAUAACAUAUUGUUUCAUUUUAUGUUGCUACAUAACCCAAACACUGUGUGCAUAUAUUUUCUCUGUUUAUUUGCUGUUAAUAUAUGUAUCAAUUUUGUAAUAUUAGGAUUACUUCUUAAAGUAAGUUAUACUGUUUUAUUUUAGAUUUUAGCCAUCUUAAACAUCAGACUGCCUAUUCCAGAGAAUUAUUCCACUCGUUAAAAACUGAUGUUCUUGUAUGAAUUUCCUUUGUUCCUAUACUGCACCAGCAUCAGUUUCUGCAUGACAUUUGUACUCAGUUUAGCUAGAUCAAAACAUUUAUCUAUCUUUCUAUCUAUUUAUCUAGCUAGCUUUAUCUGUCUAUAUAUUGUGUUCUUUAUUAUGGCCUUUAAUCUAUAUUUGCAAUAUUUACAGUAGUUGAUCACAGAACUAAUAAUACAGAUGAAAACUUCACUCUGUAUCAGUAUUAUAUGCAUUGUUUUUAUGUGAAUGUGUGAGUGUGUGGGAGGGGAGUAGUGCAUGGUAUAGUUAGAAGUUUGAAAUCUCACUUCUUUAAACUUUAUAUUAUUGUUUUGUGUUUCUAAAGGGGAUAUACUGGCAUGAUGAAUACUUUUGGCAAAAAAAAUAAAUAGCUUCUUAUAGUAAAUUGUCACAUUUCAGUACUUUUUAAUUUAUUUCUUGAAUUGUCAUUAUUUAUAUUGCAAAGUAUUAUAUACUGCACUUUGUAACAUUAUGUUAUGCUAUGUGCUGUACUGCAGAAUGUGUGAAACUGUACUCACCUCAUUCCUUAAAUAUACUGCACUAUUAUACAAUAAAAUGAUAUUUCAUACA